GGUGGCUUUGGUCAGGAUCGUGGUUAUGGUGUUCGUAAUAGUGGGCGCUUUUCGGAACGUAGUUAUAGAGGAGGUCAGCGCAAUGGAGGUUAUGGACAACCACGUGAUGAGCGCCUUGAAGCAGAGCUGUUUGCUGGUCAACUUUCUGGAAUAAAUUUCGACAAAUAUGAAGAAAUUCCAGUUGAAGCCACUGGGGAGGAUGUUCCAGCUCCAAUUUCGCUGUUUUCGGAGCUUAAACUACAUCCAUGGAUUGAAGAGAACAUACAGAAGUCUGGCUAUAAUCGUCCCACUCCUGUGCAGAAAUAUUCCAUUCCAGCGCUAAAUGCUGGCCGAGACCUUAUGUCAUGUGCUCAGACUGGUUCAGGAAAAACGGCUGCAUUCCUCGUUCCUUUGAUUAAUGCGAUCCUUCAGGAUGGUCCUGAUGCACAGCACCCUCCGACUAUGUCUCAUGGUGGUCGUAAAAAACAGUACCCGUCUGCACUUGUUCUUUCUCCAACAAGAGAGCUGUCACUUCAGAUCUACAACGAAUCACGUAAGUUUAGCUAUCGUACGCCGAUCAAGUCGGCAUUGCUAUAUGGCGGAAGAGAAAACUAUAAAGAACAAAUAAACAAACUACGCCUUGGCUGUCAUAUCCUAAUUGCAACGCCUGGUAGAUUGAUCGAUGUUAUGGAGCAAGAAUAUAUCGGGCUUAAAGGUUGUCGCUAUCUUGUGCUCGAUGAAGCUGAUCGGAUGCUUGACAUGGGCUUCGAACCUCAAAUUCGUCAAAUUGUGGACCUUUCUACAAUGCCGCGCAAGGGAGAGCGAGUUACAGCCAUGUUUUCGGCGACAUUCCCCAAAGAUAUUCAGGUGCUCGCACAAGACUUUCUAAUGCCGAAUUAUGUUUUCCUGGCUGUUGGAAGAGUUGGAUCGACGUCGGAGAACAUUAUGCAAAAGGUGGUGUGGGUGGAGGAUCACGAGAAGCGUUCCUAUCUUAUGGAUUUGCUUGAUGCAGGAGGUCAGAAUUCAUUGACAUUGGUGUUUGUCGAGACAAAAAGAGGAGCUUCCGAUCUUUCGUAUUAUCUACAAAGCGCUGGCUAUGAGGUUGUUGCAAUUCACGGAGAUCUAAAGCAGUUCGAAAGGGAAAAACAUCUGGAUUCAUUUCGGUCCGGUGCUACUCCAGUAAUGGUGGCAACGGCAGUUGCAGCAAGAGGCCUCGAUAUUCCUAAUGUUAAACAUGUUAUAAAUUACGAUCUUCCAGCGGAGGUCGAUGAGUAUGUGCAUCGCAUCGGUCGCACUGGACGUGUUGGAAAUAUUGGUCUUGCAACGUCGUUUUUUAACGAAAAGAAUCGUAACAUUGCAAGAGAUCUGAUGGACUUGAUUGUUGAGGCAAAUCAAGAGCUGCCCGAUUGGCUAGAGCGUGUUGCCGGAGAUGUGGCUCGUUUUGGCACGCGAAGUGGUGGCGGUCGUGGAGGUCGUGGUGGCGGAGGCAAUAAAUUUGGCGGUACGAUUUUGCAUCCAAGUUCAUUUUAA